AUGCGGAUGAACCGGCAUCAACCUCGAAUAUCCUGUGCGCAUUUGGCCUUUCUAGUCAUCAUCGCAGGCUCGGUGUUGGGCUUUAGGUUUGGUUUCAAAGAGUCAAACUCGGUAUCGUCAACCAACGACAAUGUUCGAGCGAUCUCAGAGAAUCAUGAGAUGCAAUUGCCCGAUCUGGCAAGCGAUCUCGAGGAGCGACUCCAAGGCGUUAGCAGCAGCAAUGAACCCGACCGAGAGGAAAGUUCAUGCUACAGUCGGAUCUUUGGUGCUCUCACGAAUCAGGGGAAGAGCACAACUCCGGAGCCCUCGUUAUGUUCAGUGUUGGGUCGUUCAGAAGCACACCGAACGGCGUUUGCUGCCAGGUUGACAAUCUGUGAAUUGGAAACCAACCGGCUAACACUCCCAAGAGAAUGCACCCUAUGGAUCGAAGGCGGAUCUGAACCCACUUCCCCAAAGCUCCAAGCUUGCGUCGGUGCAUUGCAUGCCUCUCCACAGUCCUGGUCUUCGUUUACCGGCCAUCAAAGAGAAGCGGUUCAACUUUGCUUUGCUCGUCACAAACUACAAGGAAUCGAGCUGGCCACUUCGCUGAAUCUUGAAACCAUAAAGUUCUCAACUGAUAUGAUCAGAUUAGGGAGACUGGACCAUCAAUCCAACCAAGAAGAUCUCCGGAAGCUGCGUGAUCAUAUGAGAAGUUUAUUCGAUCAAAGCAUCCAAAGCUUCCACUCGGUCUCUGAAAGCAAUCGGCAGGAGUCGCAGAAAAUCUUCCAAGAACUAGAAAACCGAUUCCAGGAUGUAAAGAACCACCUGUAUGAACGCAAUGAACAGAUGUGGAAAGAGUUCAAUUCCCAUCAAAACCAGCAGAUCGAUACUCUUCAUGAUAGGGUUCAAUCGCUCAACAAUAACCAUGAACUGAAAGUGAACGAGAAUGUGAAUAACUUUAUACAAACGAUGAAGAAAGAGGUAGAGCAGAAAAUUCAAUCCAGUCUGGAUUCUGCUGCUGUCGGAAUGAUAGAAAAUCUGAAAAAAGCGUUUGAGGUUGAAAGUCGAUCGAACUCAGCCAACGUAAACCACCAAAUCAAGCAGGCAUUCGACGCAGCCUUGGACUUGGCCACCCAGCGACACCACCGUGCGUUAGAGGAAAGUAUCACGCUACAAUCGCGAAGGAUGUCGGCCCUGUUUGACGAGCUUCUUUCGGUAGAGAGCAUCCUUAGUUCGAUGAAGCAAAACCUGGACUCUAUACGAAUCAGCUCCACGGACCGCGAGGGCGCGCUGCGAGACUCCAGCGCCAAGAUAGAGGAACAGCAAAGGAAAGGCGAGGAGCUGAUCAACAGAUUCAUGGAAAGCAUGGCGAGCCAUCAAGCGAUGAUCCAGAACCUCUCGGACUCAGUCUCCAACUCGCCGCUCUUCAUCUCUUACUCCUUCUUCAAUAGGACGGGUAUCUUCGCCUAUCCGCCUUCUGGUAAAUCUCGCGGGGUGUGCGCAUGUGCGCUAGUCAUUCUGGAAAUAUUCUCGAUUUCCAAACUCAAAAUGAUAUUGGGCUGGCUAGCCUGUUUUGUGUGGAUGAGUGGAGGAAUGAAUUGGCUCAUAAGGAUAGGCCUGUCAAAGGCAGCCAUGCUGGUCUUCUUCCUCGCGGUUCGGAUGCCUCUCAGAUGGCUGAGACGCAAGAUGAGCUCGGAUGCCUCUAAAAGAGAACUCCGACCGAAGAGAAGCAGGCACGAUAUUUCUCACGAUGACAAUGACAAGCUGGGCCCUGACGAUCCGGGGCGGAUAUUGCCGGCAAGCGAAAGGGACGACGCGCCGACAGAAUCGCCCCGCCAAGUGUUUGUGUCGUGUGCGCAUUCGGACCCGUAUCGGCAAGCGAACGUCCGCCGCAAGUUCAGCAGCCAAUCUCUGGGUGGCAGUCGGAUCGUGCCCACCCGCCUGAUCGGAACCCAAGCCGAAGACGGGGCCUGA